UAAGUAGAUCAUACAUGACCUGCCCACCUAACCUGGCGGCCGAAUCUGUAGUGCGUCACUGUUCAUCGCCAACAACAACAACCACGCAGCUCUGCUUUAAACGCCUUCUCCUUUUCGGCGGACUUUCCCACUCUCUCUCCUUUCUCUUUUAUAUAUAAUAAACAUCCCAUUCCGUCCGCUGCUCCGUUGCUGUGGCGCCUUCCGCCGCCACCAAGGCGUCCAAGGAAUACAAGUUGAAGUCGGUCAAGGCCCGGCAGAUCAUCGACAGCAGAGGCAAUCCCACGGUCGAGGUUGACCUCGUUACUGAUGAUCUCUACCGAUCCGCUGUCCCCAGUGGGGCCUCCACUGGGAUCUACGAGGCUUUGGAGCUCAGAGAUGGGGAUAAAAGCGUUUAUGGAGGUAAAGGCGUGCUUACUGCUGUCAAGAACAUCAAUGACAUCUUGGCUCCAAAGCUCGUCGGCGUCGAUGUCAGAAAUCAAGAAGAUGUUGAUGCAAUUAUGCUGGAAAUUGAUGGAACCACGAACAAGUCAAAACUUGGGGCAAAUGCUAUUCUAGGAGUUUCUUUGAGCGUAUGCAGAGCUGGUGCUGGCGCCAAGGGACUACCGUUAUAUAGGCACAUCCAAGAAUUAUCAGGCACAAAGGAGCUUGUUAUGCCAGUUCCUGCUUUUAAUGUUAUAAAUGGGGGUAGCCAUGCUGGUAAUAAUUUAGCCAUGCAAGAAUUUAUGAUCUUACCAGUAGGUGCUACAUCUUUUGCUGAGGCACUUCGCAUGGGAAGUGAAGUUUAUCACAUACUGAAGGGAAUUAUUAAAGCUAAAUAUGGCCAAGAUGCUUGUAAUGUUGGAGAUGAGGGUGGGUUUGCUCCAAAUGUUCAAGAUAAUAGAGAGGGACUGGUAUUGCUAAUUGAUGCCAUUGAAAAGGCUGGUUAUACAGGAAAGAUCAAAAUAGGAAUGGAUGUUGCAGCUUCAGAGUUUUUCACUAAAGAUGGAAAAUAUGAUCUGAACUUCAAGAAACAGCCAAAUGAUGGAGCUCAUGUUCACUCAGCUCAUGGCCUCGGCGAACUCUAUAAACAGUUCAUCAAAGAUUUUCCUAUUGUUUCCAUCGAGGACCCAUUUGACCAAGAUGAUUGGAGUUCCUGGUCUUCCCUACAAUCUUCUGUUGAUAUCCAACUUGUAGGAGAUGACUUGUUGGUUACAAAUCCAAAGAGAAUAGCGGAAGCCAUUCAUAAAAAGGCUUGUACUGCUUUACUUCUGAAGGUGAACCAGAUUGGAUCAGUAACAGAAUCAAUUCAAGCUGCUCUUGAUUCAAAGGCUGCUGGUUGGGGUGUGAUGGUCAGCCACCGAAGUGGUGAAACUGAAGAUAAUUUUAUUGCUGAUCUUUCUGUUGGCUUGGCUAGUGGACAGAUCAAGACUGGAGCUCCAUGCCGGAGUGAACGGUUAGCCAAAUAUAAUCAGCUUCUUCGCAUUGAAGAAGAACUUGGCAGCGUUCGCUAUGCUGGCGAGUCUUUCAGAUCGCCCUAGGAGGUAGAAAAUUCAAGGGGACAGGAAUAAUGUACCAAAUUAGGCUGGAGGUGGGCUUGAUAUAGAGAAAUAUAGAGGAUUUCUGGAGAAACAAUAUGCAGAAGUUUCUUGUGCGACGUGUUCGGAUUGACACAUUACACAAUUGAAUCGAGUGUUACCACGAGAGGAUUUAAAUUUUUGUUUUGAACUAUCCAUGGAAAUGUUUGUUACAAAGUAAUGCAGUUUUCUGUCUUUUCUGAUA